AUGGAUCCAUCACCUGUUGUGGAAGAUCGACCAGGCACCUCGGAUCUGGAUCUUACCUGGGACUCAGAUCAAGAUUAUGAUGAAUGCGUGUAUUACCACGAAGGAAGCGAUCUAUACGCCGAAGAUGUCGAUGCUAGAGGCGUGGUGUGCGACAUUGAUGUUGGGGAAGCGAGACCUAUCGCCCUCAAGUGCAGUAAGUUGCGGAUCCAGUUUAGGGAAAAGCUAGCCGACCUGAUCAAGGGCAUAUUGUCCGCCAAGAUGAUCAACUAUUCCAGAUCACAAUGCGACCGAGUCGAGGGGUUGCUCGAGGCAUGUGAUGAGUGGAAUUUGUCGAUCAGUGUGAUUAAGAGCUUUUGGGGAAUGCCUAGGGUGGAAUACCUUGGGCACAAGGUCUCGCACAAUGGACUGGAGGCGAAUCCGAAAGAUCUGUCUGCAUUAACUGAUCUAGCCUUUCCAGGAUCACUCAGAGCUAUGCAAUCAUUUCUGGGGAGUCUGAACUAUUAUAGCCGAUUUAUCGAAGACUACGCGAUCUACGCGUCGGUUCUGAGACGACUCAAGGGCGGAUCCAGCAAAUACUGGAAGCAGAAGGAGUAG